CCUUCCGGCAGAGCAAGCAACAACGGCUCCGUUAGGACUUGCCAUAGGAAAGAAUGGAGCCGAUACCGCAGCAGACACAGAGAAGAGAGGUGACAUUGGGCCACGACCGAGUGAAACAUGCGGCUUCGGAUAAAAUUUGUCCAGACAGCCAAGAACCUUGACGGCUGGAAUCAGACACCUCAUUGUGCACCUUGAUGGCCAUAUUCUGCGGCUUCAGCAUUAAAAGAUGAUCAAAACGGCUGGUUGGAUCCUCUGCGGAGGGCUUCAUCUCCUUCCCAAAUUGACUGACGGCCUCAAAAAAAAAAUACCGCUCAUCAUGGGGAAUGGAACACCGCUUGUCUAACAAACAUGCGUCUCGUCCGGUCCUAUGUGGGCACCCUGCGGGCUGAUCUGCAGGUGCAGAGGCUGCAGCAGAUAUAGAGCGUGAUGCUGCUGUUUACUUUGGGAGGUUUGCUGCUUGCGUGCAAUUCCACCCUUCUCGAAGAGCAGCAAUUUCCAUGUUUGUUGAGAUCAUCGGUCACACUGCCACCGAGACCAUCUCUGAGCAACUGCCACCACAAUAGUCACCACACUUGUAUCUCUUCUUGAGUGCCUAUAUCAAGCAGCAGCAACACUCUUGCCGCCAUAUCUUGAGUGACAAACCCUCACGGAAUCUAUUAUCCCGAACACACAUCUCAACACUCACAGCCGCACGCUCCGUCAUCCGGUUUCACCCGUCACCAUGCCUCUUCUUGCCUCCUGGCUGCGCAUUGGUAGCCCCACAAAAAAGGUCGACGCAUGUUCUCGUUCGUCCCAGGAUUCUUUAACUAUUGUUGAGAAAGCCGACAUCCUUCAGAGCCAGAAGGCAGAUGCCAGGGAGGAAAAGGUUCAGUGGCUCGUCCGGAGUAUCGUCAACAUCCACACCGAGCUACUCAAGCUUCCGCACCUUCGUCCAGCGCCAGCCAUCAAUAAGCUCUUGGGUAACCUUGUCGCCAUCUGCAGCGAGAUCCACGACCAAGAUAUUGUAGACAAGGUUUUACAAAAUGUGAGCGUCCAGGCUGUGUUACCGUCUCUUAGACAGAUCUGUGCCCAGUCAGAAUCAUGUCUUGAGCUUCACUGGGCCGAACACAUUCUGGAAGGCCAGACCCAGCAAGAAGUCGUCGAGCGCCUCGAGAGUUUUCCAUACUAUGAGAACUAUGAGGAUUUGACCCGACUAGAAGUCUGCUCCAUCCUCUCGGCGACAAAAAAGGCACCGCGACGAGUUGCCUUCAUCGGCUCCGGCCCGCUCCCUCUCACGUCGCUCUGCCUUUUGCAGGCUCUCAAGAAUGAUGUGGCAGUGAGAAGCUUGACGCAGCCAACCACCAACAACACCACCGCCACAGACAACGCAGCGAAUCAGGAGCCAAUUGUCCUCAACAUUGACUACGAUGAAGCGGCUAUCUCUGCGUCUCUCAAGUUGAGCCUUGCUCUGGGAGAGAGGGGGAAUGGAAUGGAAUUCAUCUGUGCUGAGGCAACCUCGGCUUCGGCGUCACGAGAUCUCAGCGAGUUUGACGUCGUGUACAUGGCUGCGUUGGUGGGAGUUACGCAGACAGACAAGGAGAAGAUCAUGCUGGAAGUGAUCAGUCGGAUGAGGAGAGGAGCGCUACUGGUUGUCCGCAGCAGUUGGGGCUUGAGGUCAUGCUUAUACCCAGAGGUCGACCUUGCAACUGAGACACUGCUGAAGAGGCUUGAGCCCUGUGUGGUAGUACAUCCCUAUAAUCAGGUGGUCAACUCAGUCAUCGUUGCGAGAGUGCGGUAG